AUGACGGCCGCUGUGAGAUUCUAUGAAAGUCCAACUUUCCAAUACUAUGAGGUUUUUAAAGAUGAUACCAUUGCGCAAUUUACAGCAGUAGCUCCUUCACCUCAUAAAGACUUCUAUUAUCUUAGUGUUACUAAAACCAAGAUAAUUUGGAGAUGGUGGCGUAUUACGCCACGGAAUGAGGCCGCCAAAUUUAGUCCCGGUGAAGCCUCGGACACGUAUGAAGAAUUUCUGCAGGAUGAUAAAAUGCAAAAGGAAAUAAAACAAAUUCUGGGCAAAAGAACGCUUGAUUUCUGCUUAAAUGUUGCUGCUGGACAGUUGGAUUUCCUCCCGCGAAUGCCACCAGUCAUUCUGAAGCGAAUAGCAAAAAUGAUCAAGUUGGAAGAUUUAGUGAAUCUCGAAUGCACAUGCAAGCGUAUUGCAGAGGUUUGUAACGAUGAAAGCAUUUGGAAACGCAUGUAUCUUCAACACCAUCCUGGUAAGCUAAACGACGUCAUACAAGAGCUGGCUCGCAUUUUCGGAUGGAAACGAGUUUUCUUUACCAGCAAACUUAAGCUACAGAUGCAAAUCCGUCGACUGCGCCUCGAAAAAGUCCGUGGUGAUGAAGAAACCAACAGUAUUAUUUCGGCUUCGCUGUCUACUUCCGUAGAAGACGAUAUGUCCGGUGAGAUGCCUAGUAUACUUUUCGCAGGUGGUCAGAACUGUGCUUGUUCAAAAGCCGACAACCUGGCGAGGCAAAAAGUUAUUGAAAUAAGCCACAGAGGCAGUUUGACUUCGGCGAAGACCAACCAGAGCAGUCGUGGAAAUCCACCCUACUAG